UCAGAUGAAGGCCUUACUGCUCCACGUUUCCUUGGUCUUGCUCCUUGCCGGGACAGCAAGGUCCGAGUGUAUACAAAGAACUUACCGGAACGUAAAUGCCUGUUUUGCCAAGAGGAUAUUUUCACCGGUGUGUGGGACCGACGGCUGCACUUACGCCAAUGAAGACGUUCUGAAUUGCGCCGUGGCUGAGGACAGGGCGAAUUUACCAGAAGACCAGGUGGUUCGAAUCGCCUUUCACGGAAGGUGUGAAGACAUGGUUUCCAGCGUCGCAGUGAAGGAGGGCGAGGAGAGGGUGAAGGAAGCAGAGGACAAGAUGGAAGAAGGAGAAAAGGGAAUGACCGAGGGAAUGGAAAAAGGAGAAAAGGGAAUGACCGAGGAAGUGGAAGAGGAGAAAGAGGAAGGAUCUUCAAACAGACUUUUCCCGUGAACAUUUGGCAUUGCGCUUCUCGACCGUCAUUUUUAUCCUCACUUUCGCUCUCUUUAUGAUAUUUAUUGUCUGUGUUAUCUCUGUACUCCGAGCAUUAUAUUUACAUUUGAAAGUGUGAAGCUUCACCGAUGUAUUAUAUAUAUACAAGUAAUAUAUAAUCUUUUGUUCUC